AUGUCUGUGAACGUACCCACCAAUCCAAAGCAGAAGGAGAAGGAUAUCAACCAGAAGCUCCAAUUCUUCGGUAUCUACCAUGAACAAGCAAUGCGACAUCGCUUUGAACUCCGCCUUGAACUCCAAGGCCCUCACAUCUCCCCUAAGGAACUCUCAUCCGACGGAAAGACCCUGGUGGCAGAUCUGCGCAAUGUCAUUGACGCAGCCAAGAAGAUGCUUUUGGUCAAGAAUGAGGGUGAACUCCUGCAAGACUUUAUCUGGCAAGCCCAGAGGAUUUCAGCUGGCAGUGUUGAUGCCAAGCGCCCGGGACUCCCCGUCGACAAGGAGACCGGUCAGCAAGAUGCUAGCAAGGCUGUCGAUGGCCUGAAGACCCUGGGCACACUCAUGAUCACCAACGGAGAGUUUAGAAAACUAUUGAACGAUGCCAUGACUCUUGGCAAGGACAUUGCUGCCGAUGCUUCUCAAAAGGCCGCCAACAAGGUCCGCCCCUCGGAAGAGGAGCUUUCGCAGAUCGACCAAGCUGCAGAGGAUAACGUGUGGCACGAGAAGCCCAAUAUCUCCAAGGAUGACUUGAAGUCCAAAUUCAAGAAGAACAAAGCUGAGAAGGGAAGCGCUGCCUCCGCUUCCGCUGCGGUUGCCGAGGAAGAGACUGGCGUGUCACCGCAGAACAAGAAGAAGGAAUAUUCCGACAAGGCCAAGAACUACGUGUCCGAGAAGAUUCCCAAGGAGCGUCGCGAGCAGACUGUCUGGCGCCUCAAGAAGAUGAUCAUUGAGAUCCAGGGUCAUGCUGACUACCAACAAGCCGUUGAGACAUUGUUGACCAUGGCCGAGCAGUACGCCGGACACACCAAGAACGUCACCAAGCAAGGUGGUAGCUCUGCCCGUGACGUCCUGAAGACCGACAGUGUUCAGGCAGUUCAGUACAACUUGCGCACUCUCAUCGAACGCUUUGCCAACCACACCUCUCUGGACAGCUUCUUUGAGUCGCUAAACACCAUUUACAGCGAUGCUGAGAAGGACCCCGAACUCCGAAACUGGUUCACAAACGUCGACAACUUGAUUCGCAAAUCUUUGCGCGAGCAGGGCUUCAUCAUGGAGGACGAAUGCAACCGCCAGUGGAACGAGAUUUACGAUAAGGGCCGUUACCUCCUGCGUGAGCGUUACCGCGGUCACUCUGACCGUAUUGUCGACGAGGUCAAGUUCUUGGCCGAUCAAUUCGAGAAGGACCCGCAAAACCAAGCCCUUGCUGAGUCGUUCCAAAAGCUAUUCAGGGAUCUCGGCCACGAUGCCAAUGGCAAGGCCACCUUCAAACCAGAUCUCCUUCGGGAUCUUCGCGAUGUCAUCAUCCCCGGCAUUUUCGAGAAUGUCCGGUACAUUCCAAUUCCCCGUAUCGAGGUCUCGGAUCCCAUGGUUGAUGUUGUGGUCGAGAACCUGUGCAUUGAGGGUGACAACUUGAUGCCCAACGUCGUGGAGUUCGGCAGCGACAACUACUUCCGCUGGGGCCGCAAGAAGAUCAGCAACAAGCGUGAUAAUAAGAUCAUGAUUUCCAUGUCUGGCAUCCAGAUGGAUCUGCGCGACGUCGCCUACUACAUCAAGAAGAAGGAGGGCUUCCCCUCUAUCACCGAUCGUGGUGUUAUGGAUCUCAUCCUCGCUGGUGAAGGUCUCAGCGUCAAGAUCGCUGCUUCUACCGCCCAGAAGAGCGACAAGGAGCACUUCUUCAAGCUGGACAAGGUUAACGUGAGCAUCAAGAAUAUGGAUAUCAAGCUGAAGAAGUCCAGCCACAAGCUGCUCUUCAACACCUUCAAGCCCAUGCUGUUCCGCGUGGUCAGACCUGCUCUGCAGAAGGUGGUCGAGGGCCAGGUCCGCGAGGCCUUCCGAAAGGGCGACCUCUUCGCCAAGGAAAUCCACACCGAGGCCAUUCGUGCCCAGGAAGCCGCCCGCGAAGAUCCCGAAAACGCGCCUUCAAUCUUCUCUCGCUACGCCGAUGCCGUCCGAGCUCGCACCCAAGCCAAGGCCAAGCAGGCCGAGGGCGCUGCCAAGCGUGACACCAAGGUCCAAACUGUCAUGACCCUCCACGAUUCCAUCUUCCCUGACGUCGAGCUUCCUGGCGCCGUGUCUACCAAGGCUACCGAGUACGCCGACCUGGCUGCCAAGGGCGAGCGCUGGGAGUCCCCCAUCUUCAGCGUCGGCAGCGCAUCCGAGUCCACUGGCAUCCCAUCCGGCGGCCCUAUCACGAACAAGUCCGCUGCUAGCACCCAAGGUGCAAGCGCCGCCGGAGUUGCUUCCGCCGCCGGUCCCUCUGGCGCCACCGCAGCCGCCGCUUCUGGCACUGCCAAUGGCUCUAACGGCAAUAAGAUCUCGGAAUACCAGUCCCGUGGCUUCUCCGAUGAGGUUGACCAAGCUUUCGUCAAUGGCAAGCCCGACACCCUGGGCGAGGGCAUUAAACAUGCUGCCAACGGCACUAAUGGUGUUAACGGCACCGUCACCAACGGAACUUCCAUCAACAAUAUCGGAACCACCGUCUAA